AUGCCUCAAGGAGCUGCUCGUAUAUUUAUAGUUGGAGCAAAGAGAACACAUUUUUGUAGCUAUGGUGGACCUUUGCGAGAUUUUCCAGCCUCGCAUAUUUUUGCUAUCGCGGCUAAAGACGCAAUGCGUUCUGCAAACAUAAAUCCAGAUGUUAUAGAUGCCACAGUAGUGGGGAAUGUAAACUAUUUAAGUCAGUGCGAUGGCGGAAAGACUCCUCGGUACUGUGGUUUAUAUUCAGGAGUCCCGAUAGAACGACCGGCUUUAGGAGUUAACAAGACUUGUGGCACUGGACUGCAAGCCGUUAUUACUGGCAGCGUAGAAAUCUUAACAGGUGCUGCCAACAUAUGCCUGGUUGGAGGUACGGAGCUCAUGUCAUCCCUUCCUUUGCUUGUCCGAAAUAUCAGGUUCGGUACGAGUCUUGGGACCGCAUACAAAUUGGAAGACCAUGUAAAGAAACAACUAGUAGACACCUUCUGUGGUCACAGUAUUGAGAAGAUAGCAGAACAAAUAGCAGAAAAGUAUAAAUUAUCACGGGAAGCAGUAGAUCAAUACACAUUGCAGAGCCAUAUUAAGUGGUCAUCAGCUCAAGAAGCGAAAUUAUUUGACGAUGAAAUUACACCUAUUUUUGCAAAAGUUGACAAAAAACACGUGAUACUAAGUGACGAAAACCCUAGGUCCAAUUUAUUGUUGGAAAAUUUGUCCACUUUAGCUCCGGUGUUGGACGACGGAGCCAUAGUCACCCCUGGUAACUCUUCGGCUCCAGCUGAUGGGGCCGCAGCUUUGAUUUUAGCUAAUGAAGAAUCAGUAAACAAACACAAAAUAACGCCCAUGGCGAGGCUUACGGCUUGGGCUUGUGUCGGAGUGGACCCCGUUGAAGCGGGUUUAGGAGCUGUCUCUGCUAUCUUAAAAUUACUUGCUGUUUCUAAUAAGAAAAUACAAGAUGUGGAUUUAUUUGAGAUAAAUGAAACGUUCGCCUCACAAGCAAUAGCUGUAAUUAAGGAAUUGAAGAUAGAUCCAAGCAAAGUAAAUAUAAAUGGCGGAGCCCUAGCGGUUGGAAAUCCUGCAGCGGCAACCGGCGCGAGAAUGGCAGCGCAUUUGUCACAUCAAAUACGACGGAACAGCGCCCGAACAGCUGUUGCGGCUUCGAGCUGUGGAGGCGGUCAAGGCAUCGCAAUUUUAUUGGAAUCCUUAUAA